AACCCCAGCUCUCCCCUUCUCCCACCUUCUUCGUCGUCGUCGUCGUCGUCAAAUUUCAAAUCUCUCUCUCCGCCUCCCAUGGCCGACCGCGUCCAUCCCGCGGACUCUCCUCGUCCGAGCACCUCCUCCGUUGCCUCUGACUCCAAGCCUCCCUCUCUGUCCGCCGCCGCUGAAAAGCCUUCUCCUGCUCCUGGCACCUACGUCAUCCAGAUCCCCAAGGAUCAGGUGUACCGCGUUCCGCCUCCCGAAAAUGCUUACCACUUCGAUCGCUAUACUCGCCGCAAGCACCGCCGCAGCCGUAGUCGCUGCUGUUGCUGUCUCUGCUGGCUUCUCGCUCUCUUCGUAAUCCUCGUCGUUCUUCUAGGUAUUGCUGCUGCGGUUUUUUACUUCGUCGUUCGCCCUAAAUCGCCUAAUUACUCGAUCGAUUCCAUCGCCAUUAGAGGACUGAACUUGACUGCCUCGUCCACAUCCGCGAUUUCGCCUAAUUUCGAUGUUGCCGUUCGAGCGGAUAAUCCGAACAAGAAGAUCGGAAUCUAUUACCUAACAGGUAGUUCGGUUCGAAUCUAUUUCUCUGAUGAGAAGCUUUCCGAUGGCGUUUUGCCUGAUUUCUUUCAGCCAGAGAAAAACAUCACUGUGUUCCGAUCGUCUGUGAGAGGCUCUGGUGUUAAUCUAUCGAACAAAGCGACCAACGCGAUGAUCGAUUCGCAGAAUCGGCAUGCGGUACCGUUCAAAGUGGAGAUUCGAGCGCCGAUUAAACUGAAAAUAGGAUCGGUGAAGAGUUGGAAGAUCAGAGUGAAGGUAUUUUGCGAUGUGACGGUGGAUCAGUUGAGUGCGGCGGCGAAGAUUGUUUCAAAGAACUGCGAUUACAGCGUGAAGCUAUGGUAGGGAUGAAUUUAAUUAUUUUGAUUUUCUGUUUAUAUAAAAUUAUUACUGUAAAACUUUUG